GUACACAUUUCAUAAUACACACCCUCGAAGGACAUGGCAUCAACGGGCAGCACUCCUUUUCCCAAAUGGCAGCUAGCCAUACUUCUCGGUGCACCCUUGGCCAUCGGUUUAGGUUAUCUUUAUCUGAGAAAUAGAUUAGAAGAUCCCGAGAAGAAAAAAGUCGCGGAAUUAAAAGCGAAGACAACCAUAUCUCUGGACAAUGAGGAAAACAAUACAAAAGCUGAGAGUGCGAUCGACCGCGCCAUGAAAUUAAAGGGAGCCGGAAAUAGAGCCUUCCAUGCAGGCGACUACGAUAAAGCAAUAUCUCUGUACAACGAGGCAAUCGAAGCCUGCCCCCCUGACCGUCCCGUUGAUCUUGCCACAUUCUACCAAAAUCGUUCCGCCUGCUACGAGAAGCGUGAGAUGUGGGAGCAAGUAAAGGAAGAUUGUACUUUCGCUCUGAAAUUGAAUGAGAAAUAUGUCAAAGCUUUCCUACGCAGGUCACGCGCUGCCGAAAAAAGCGGUGACCUUGUGUUGGCACUUGAAGAUGUCACCUCAGCCUGCAUCCUUGAAAGAUUUCAGGUUCAAAGCUCCCUAGUCAAUGCUGAUCGUAUUCUAAAAGCACUCGGCAGGCAACACGCGCGGGAAGCACUCGCCAAGCGCCGCCCAGUGAUGCCAUCUAAGCAUUUCAUCAGAACAUAUUUCUCUGCAUUCUCAGAAGACCCCAUCUCUAAGAUACAACUGGAUGACAGUGCUUCAGGUGGCUUUGCUAAAGCAAAACAGGCACUUGAUGCUCAGGACUAUGAUACAAUUGUUGAUGCUUGCACUGAGGAACUUAAUGCUAAUGGCAAAUACAAAAAUGAAGCUCUGCUUCUUCGUGCUACAUUCUACCUACUCCUAGGAAGACAUGAAGAAGCACAGGAAGAUCUUGGAAAAGUUAUUGAAAGUGAUGCUUCUACUAAAGUCAAAGUCAAUGCUUUAAUUAAACGUGCCUCUCUUUUCACACAACUAGAAAACACAGAGCGCUGUUUGGAGGACUUUGCCCGUGCUGCUCAGUUGGAUCCCAAUAAUUCUGACAUCUACCAUCACCGUGGGCAAGUGUAUUUGUUGUUGGAACGUAUGGAUGAAGCCACUGCUGAGUUUGCAAAAGCUGUAAAAUUGAAUCCUGACUUCUCCAUUGCUUACAUUCAAAAAUGCUAUGCUGAUUAUAGACAUGCUCAGAUCAAUAAAAAUGUAGGAGCACUGGCUCAAGUUCGAGCUGACUUUGAGGGUGCAUUAGAACGGUUCCCUAGGUGUCCUGAAGCAUACAUUCUGUAUGCGCAAGUUCUGUCAGACCAACAAGAGUGGGGCCGUGCCGAGUCUCUUUUUAAUCAAGCCUUGUCUGUGGACCCCAACAAUGCUACAUUAUAUGUACACAAAGGUUUGGUUCAACUACAAAAGAGCACAGACUUUGAUAAAGCUGUGAAAUUGAUAAACAAAGCCAUUGAAAUGGAUGACAAAUGUGACUUUGCCUAUGAAACACUAGGCACUAUUGAAGUACAAAGGGGUAAUCUAAGGCGUUCGUUAGAGCUGUUCGAGAAGGCAAUCAUGCUCGCAAAGACAGAGCUGGAAAUGACUCACUUGUUCUCGCUGAAGGACGCGGCGGCGGCGCAACUCAAGGUGUCCGAGCGCUGGGGGCUAGACUGGGCUGUCAGCUAGAAAGCCCGUGGGCACGACCCCGGGGCGCCUUACUCGCCCGCCCUCCACGCAACGAGAAUAACACCUGGCAACAUGUUAACAUGUCCACACCAUCUAGGAUUUUAUUUUAUACAAUUAUUAUACACUACUUUCAAAAUUCAGUAAUUGUUUGUUCAAUGUGUUUGUUGUUAUUUUAUAGUUUUAGGUGUCUUACUUUAGUUGACAUUUUUGGAUAUUUUACCCCAGAUACUAUUCUCGUUGUGGAUGAAUUGUACCUAGCCGCCGCCGACUCCAAUCGCGUAGCGACGAAGUUUAACGUUAGUUUACGUUAGAAGCCAGCUUACUGCAUACCACUUUUUUGCCAUUACUAGGUGCAUCAUGUACAUAAAUCUCAGUCCUGAUACAUCACACACAUACAUAUUAGAUUGUAUAAUGAGACAUUCUCUGUUGUUUAUGUUUACUUAUGGUAGGAAACAUGUAAAGUACCAGUGGGAACAUUUGUCCAAAUUGUAUCUGUUGUAAAUAAUUCUCAUUCAAUUUGGUAGUAUUCUAAAUCUUCCUGAAAACUGUGUCACUAUUUUAUCAAAUGUAAAAUGUUUGUUCAAUUAUGUGCACAUUAAGUAAUUCAUUUGUGUAGGAAUCUACUUCAUAUUGAAGUUGUGGCUUCACUGAUUCUUGUAAAAAUUCUUAGUAUAGAAUCAUAAUUGUAUUUUUGCAUUUAUACAUAUUGAACGAAGUGAUUGUUGUUAUGUACAUUUCAAAAUAACAAAAAAAAUAUAUAGUCGAAAAUUUAAUGACAAUGCCGGGGACAGCAAAAUAUUUUUGAAUAGCAAAAUCAUAAUGCCUCUAGUCUUAUUUAACUACCACUAACCCACUUUUUUUGCAACUUUUCAAUUCUCAUAAAACACUAAAUAAUUGCAUUUACUUUUUAUUAUAUUUCAUAGUAUGUUUUGAACACUGCCAUUUUAUCUUGCUUAAUGUUCAAACAUGCAAAAUCUUUUUAGUGGGAAAUUAUGUACACUAGAUAUACGUCUAAUCCUUGCAAUUGUUUAUUCACUACAUAACUAUCUACUCAAAACUUUAAUCGCUCAGUAUGUAACAGCUAUACAAUUAGGUCACUGUCGAAAUAAUGUUGACAUUGUGAUAUUGAUAAUAUUUUAUUAUCUGUCCUCUUCGUAGGUGGUAGACAUUUAUUUGUUAACGGCGCUGGUUACACUAAUAAAUCCAAUGUUGAAAUGUAUGUGGGCGAAAUGCUCUUGUAUGUACUUAGUGAAAUGGAACGUGGUGAUAAAUUAAUAUGGUCUCCAAGCACAUUGUAUAGUAUUCGUAAAGGUUAGAAAGCUCUCACGGCACACUGCGUGCCUUAAAAGUGCAAAUAUGGCCAUAUAUACAACCUCUUUCAAUACAUGUUUUGUUACUCGACUUCAUGACAUUUUAAAUUGUCUGCUGAGAUAUUUAUGUUUAGUAUUUUAUUUUGGGUCCAAGUGUGCAACCACUAGUAACUUGAAUUGCUGAACUUUGUGAUUUUACAAUGUAGAUAUCGUUGCUUAUGUCGUGAAGUGAAGUGCGCCUGAGUUUGUGCGGCGGCGCUUGAAAAUGCGCUGGGUGCAUUCAACACAUACUGCCUCCAACAUACCAGACUUUCCGCUAUGGCAUUAUAGUUAUUAGCAUUUUAUAACUUCGAAUAUAAUAAUUAUCCAAUAAUUAACGAUGUUUUGGAUGCACCCCAAAUUAUCAGUUAGAUUGUGAAUUAGAAUUAUAACUUGAAGAAAUGGUUCUACAAGAGUUGUUACCUCACCGAUAGUGGAUAGUUAUCAGUUUAUGAAAACUACAAAAUACAUUAUUGAAACAUUUUUAAUAGUUUUCAUUGUUAAAUAAGACAGUCCUAUGUAAAGGUUUUGUUAUGUAUGGGUAGAAAAAUAAUCUAACAUUGUGUUACUUGAAACGGCUAACAAUGUAUGUUUUACGUUAGGCGAAAGUUUUGUGUUUAAUGACCUUAUUGGGCCGUCGAGUAGGUCACGCCGAAGUCACUGUGACAUGUUGUCCAUAAACGCUGUUUUAUUGCUGCUGUGUAUCGCAUGCAAAAGCGACGCUCUGUUGUGCUAUAAUGGCACCUUUUCUUACAAGACCCACGGAAAUGACCUCGUCACCUUCAAAGGCUUAUCAGAGCCAAGUCAGAAACAAAUAACAAGAUUGCGGUGCUGGUUAACGAUACCCUGCAUGGGAGGUGGUGGUGAUGAGAACCCAAUGUGUUUCGUGCGAUCGUGGCGUGCUCGUUCGCGGCACGCGUGGAUAGUGCAGCGCGGGUGCUACUUGUCGAACAAGGCGGAUCCCUUGCCCAAAGCCAUGUCCGAACCCACCAGAUCGAUGACCUGCAUGCGGAGAAGGAAUCUCUUUUUUUAGGCUCGUCGAUGCAGAAUACAAAGUAUGUCUUUGCCAAUCGGACUGGUGCAACACUACGCCUACAAAUUUCAAACCGAAAGAAUUUUACCUGUUGUGUUGGAGU